AUGACCGGUGCUACAAAAACCAAAGUCGCCGCAGAUCUAGUGGUGGCCGUCGACGGUCCAGCCAGCAGUGGUAAGUCGGCAACCUUUGCCCGGGUUGCUGAGAAAUUGGGCAUGAGAUUCAUUGACACCGGACUCUUCUACCGCGCCGCCUGUCUUACGGCGCUGCGCUAUGGAAUGGAUUGCGCGGAUACAGACGCUAUUUGCGAACAAGUAUUAGUCACAGAAGGAGACAAGCCAUGGGGUCUGCAAUUCCAUACUGAUGGCACCGUCAGUAUUUUCGAGCGGGAUGGUGAGCAACGAGUCACUGUUAAGGAUCUUGGCAGCCCGAAAAUUGAUUCUGUUGUCAGUACUGUUGCUUCGAACGCGCGUGUGCGCCAAAAAUUAAUGGGACUGCAACGACGUCUGGCGAACCAGCAGAAGCCAUGUAUUGUGCUUGGCCGCGAUAUUGGCACGGUAAUUCUACCGGAAGCCAAGAUAAAAAUAUAUCUGGACUCCUCUGUCGAGGCACGAGCCAAUCGUCGAUUUUCACAAUUUGGCUCUAAAGGAGCAUUAUCCUACGAGGAGGUGUAUGAAGCUAUUGCGCGUAGAGAUGAAGCCGACAAGACCCGUGCGGUCAGCCCAUUAGUAAAGCCGGACGACGCUAUUGUGAUCGACAACACAAACUUGUCUCUGGAGGAUACGGUUCAGAGAGCUGUGGACGUCAUCACCGGAAAGUGA